AUGCACACCUCUGACGUUCCUGUAUCGCAGAGCAAAAUUGCCCGUACUGGCAGCAACUCGCAAGGUGUCAAUGUUGAUGUCAACAAUUAUAAUGAUGAUGUUGACAACAAUGGUCACGAUAACCCAUUAACAGCUUCAAAGAAUAAGACAUCUUCCGAGAGAACCGCCCUCAAUAUAGCUACCGCAACGACUAGUGCAGCAAAAGGAGCGGCUACCACAUACCCUGUCCAGGAAGACCCCGAAACACAGUCUACAAGUGUGUGUAGACUCGAAGAAAGUUUCAAAAGCAAAAGUCCCAACGGGGUGUUUCUGUUAGAAGAGCACCAGUGGAUCACGGCGUCAAACGUGAGUUCUGGCGACAAGAUCUCUGUUGUCAACGUGAGUGGGUGUACUCCUGUGUUCUUUUGGAACGAAGAGAACAUUCCCUCCGUCUUCCAUAUAUUUAGCGGCAGGGAAGCAACCGAUGGUUUAGAAGCCGCCACAAAAGCAGGCCGUGCAGCGAAGGUAGUGUUAGUUCAAAUAGCCGCUGAUGAAGACACGAAGUUUUCAAACAUGAUGGCGGCAGCCUUGGCUAAGAUAACUUCUCUAAGCAAAAAGAAUGUUGAACUUCUGGGCGGAGAGCUCUAUAAGGAAAGCGAUCUCAACUUGGAGCUUUUGGAGAGGUUUCGAUUCGACGUCACAGCUGGAAUUAGAAGCGUAGAGAGAAUAAUUGAAACUGUCUCCUCUAGAGAGCCCCUCGAUGACUCUAGAUUCUAG